AACAGAAAACAAAUCAUUGUGUAUUAACGGUUUUCAUUGUGGUUUUGAUCAUAAAAAUACUCGAAAUUUCCACGUUUUUUGGCAUUUUUCUACUGUAACCAUAGCGAAAAUUAAUUUAUAUGUAAAAUUAAGUGAAAAUGACAUCAAGAUACACACCGACUGUAAAAAAUUCAAAGCCUACGGCAAAAUUCUCAACACCAUCAUCAUCAACAACAACACCAAUCAAACCAGCGCGCGCAACAUUGAGCACUACCAAAAAACUAUCGGCCGUAGCACGACCCACACUGGUUAAACAAACAUCGGCAUGUGAUCUAAGAGAGCGAUUGCGUCUAAAUAAAAAUGAUGAUGUUUUGAAUACAGCAUUUUCCUCGUCACCAUUCAUUGCUAGCGCAAAAUUAUCCGGCAAAGUUAAAUUAGCCACGCCGAGUGCAUUGAGUGGAUCCACAAAUAGUUUGACCGGCGCAACAUCUAGCUCAUCAAAAAGUAUCUUUAGUUCAUUAUCGUCGAUAAAUCCGGCAGCUAAAAGACUAUUUGGAAAUGUAACACCAACUGUUGAUCGUACGGCAUCAUCUCAAGUAGUUUCAACGCCAGAUUGUUUUAGUAAAGUACUGCUCGAUGUACAAACACCGCAAAAUUCAAAGAGAAGUUGUGAAACACUGCAAAGUUUUCAAAAAAGUUAUGAAAUUGCUGAUGAUGGCAAAUCAAAUAGUGAAGUUAGCAAUUUAACGGUCUCUGUUCGUGUACGACCAAUGAAUGCAAAAGAAUGCACAACACCAUUGGUGAACCGAGUAAUAAGUGUUGAAAAUUCAAAUGAAAUCAAAGUUAAAUCGGGGAUUAAUGUUGAAUCGUACACAUAUGAUAAUGUAUUUUCUUCAUAUGACACUGACGACACGGAGAACUAUGCAAAUCAAGAAACAGUAUUUAAUGGAACCGCUUUGCCACUGAUCGACAAGGCAUUUGAAGGUUACAAUGCAUGUUUAUUUGCCUAUGGACAAACGGGCAGCGGAAAGAGCUACAGCAUGAUGGGAAUUGAUACGGACGAUGAUCACUCAAAGCCCAAUAGCCAAGCAGGUAUUAUUCCGCGAUUUUGCUAUGAGCUCUUCUAUCGAAUUGAUCAGAUGGCCGGCAAAUUUUCGGCCGAAGUUGAAGUUAGCUACUUUGAAAUUUACAAUGAAAAAAUCCACGAUCUUUUGGCUGUCACACCAACUCAUUUGCCAAAUACAACGCCAAGCAGCCAAAUUAAGCGACAAGCACUUCAAAUUCGUGAGCAUCCACAAUGGGGACCGUACAUUGAAAACUUGAAUAUUCAUCCAGUUGAUUCGAAUUUGGCACUCAAGAACUGGCUGGCAGUCGGAAAUAGCCAAAGAGCUACCGCUGCAACCGGCAUGAAUGACAAAAGUUCCAGAUCACAUUCAAUUUUCAGUAUUAUUCUGACGUUGUCCGAAUUAGAUAGCGAAUCAUCCAAACUAACGACGAAACGAAGUCGCAUCAGUUUAGUUGAUUUGGCUGGCAGUGAGCGUGUCAGUCAAACGUGCGCAAGUGGAGAACGUCUGAAGGAAGGCGUUAGUAUUAAUCGGAGUUUACUUACGUUGGGUAGAGUUAUAAAUGCUUUAGCAGAUCCAAAGAAGAACACAUUUGCUCCGUAUCGCGAAUCAGUUUUGACAUGGCUUUUAAAAGAAAGCUUGGGCGGUAACUCAAAGACAGCUAUGUUGGCUACAAUCUCACCAGCAAGUUUACAUGUUGACGAAACUCUGGCCACGUUACGGUAUGCAUGUCAAGCACGUUCGAUUGUAAACCGCGUCAAAGUGAAUGAGGACUCAAACAAUCGUGAAAUCCAUAAACUUCGCACUGAAGUUGAUCGAUUACGUGCCCAGGUUCAGUAUUAUAAACGACAAGAAAUCCAAGCUGUCGAAGCGCCGCCACGAAAAAUUAUCAUCGAAACCAUCGACGCCAAUCCGGAUGAUGAAGUGGAAAAGGAGCGUUUGCGACAACAAUUACGAGAUAAAGAGCAAGAGCUGGCAAAUGCUCAAAAAUCGUGGCGAGAGCGACUCAGAGAAGCGGAUAAUAAGUGCAAAAAUGAAAUGAAACUAUUGCAACAAAAUGGUUUGGCGCUAGAGUUGUCAGUUGCACAGAAGCAACCGUGUCUUAUUAACUUGGCUACCGAUCCAAUGUUAUCGGGCACUCUGUUAUACAUACUACCUCCAGGAAUUGUUCGAAUCGGAAAACCAAAACCAACAUCACAUGUUCAAUCAGACAUCGUGCUCGAUGGACCGUUGGUCGGUUUAAACCAUUGUCAAAUCGACAACCGACGCGGCCAAUUAUUCAUUCGACCAGAUAUGGACGAUUGUGAAACAUUUGUAAAUGGAGAAUUGAUACAAGGCGAACGACAAAUAUACCAUGGUGAUCGUAUUGUUAUCGGCGGUUCACAUUACUUCCGUGUAUCGAAUCCCGAAUGUUCUCGUCGUGCACAAACUGAAAUUGCUGACUAUCAAACUGCACAUCAGGAAAUACUACGUGAACAAGAAAAGCGACUGCGACGUGAAUUGAUGGCCGAACAAGCAGACGCAUUUCGGCAAAUUGAAGAAGAACGAACUAAACAUGAACUUAGUUACAACGAAAAAGUGGCACAACUGGAGCUAGAGCAAUUUCGAUACAAAUGCUCGAAAGAAUUAAUCGAUGCUGAAAAAGAGAUUUUGGCGCGAAAUAAUCAGGAGGAAUCGAUAUUUGAGUAUCGACCAUUCGAAUCGGAUUUGUGUGAAAAAAUCAAGAAAAUGAUGGAGCGACCAACGGAAGAAGGAAUGCAUGAAACUCAAUUAAUGGUAAAAGAAGCGACACAACGCUGUAGAAAUCUUGGUCUGAACUAUGAGUUCGUCCAGACUUUGGUGGCUGAUGAAUCCGAAGUAUUCAAAGCGGUUGUCAAAAUCAUCGAUAGGCAGAAAAAUCGAUAUGCCGAAUGGCCAACAGCUCGAUUAUCGGUUUGGUUGGAUUUGAUGCGAGACAAUUCGGAUGUCACGGCAAAAAAUAUUUUUGACUCGGUAGACAUAAGUUGGUCUGAAAAUACCGAAGAAAUUACAAUGAAUGAAUCGUUGAAUUCGAGUCGUAUCUCAUUGAAUUUGAGCGCAAUGAAAGAAACAUUGCUGGGCAAACCGAUGAAAAGUUGUUUUAAAACCAUUCAAAAUAAACUAAGCCCAUGGUCCAGCCCAUUCAAUAAUUUUAAUGCAAAAAAGUCAGCCGCUACAAAUGUCGAUAAAUCGCCUACACAACAACGACAACAAAAAACAAAGAAAAAAUUAGCAUAUGAUGACAUUGACGAUGUUGAUGAGAAUUCAAUUGAUAAACCAAAGAAGAGUUUUACCAAUGUGGAAACCUGUAUGUCUACCUCAACACCAUCCGAAGAAAAAUUCGAAAUGCAAGCACAAAAAUACCUAAGUGAUUUACGCAAAACAACAUUAAAAAUGAAGCUAUUGUGCCAUAAUAAUUCGAAGGAGAAUAUCGAUUUAAAAGAACAAACGGUGCCCGGAAAGGUGUUGAUGGCACUGGAGGAAAUCGAACAUCUAACCAACCAAAUUCGUCAUUUAAUCAAAAACAGCGAACCAACACCGCGCAAAACACCGAAGUCAGUGCGAUUCAUUUUAGACUGAAUCUAGUGUUCAAAUAUUCAACACGAAAAUGUCUUGCCAAAAAUCGCAUUCACUUUCAAACGAAUGUAGGUGAUAAUCUAUGGACUUUUUAACAUGAUCAACUCUUUUAUAUAUAUUUUCGUUGAUUCUCAAUUUCUUUUUUGAUUGAUAUCGAUACA